AUGUUCAGAAUGGCACAACCAUAUUUCGGCCUUCGAGGCGGGUGGUUAACGUUCUGGAUCACUCUCGCCUGUGGUGCCGACAUGACUCUCUAUGGAUAUGACCAAGGAGUCUUCAGUGGAGUCGUGAUUUCGCAAGACUUUCUUCAACUGCACGAUCUUCAAGGCCCAUCUAAGACGACUCUACUCGGCACGGUCACCGCCAUCUAUGACGUGGGAUGUUGUAUUGGAUCACUGUUUGCCUACUGGCUUGGAGAGCAGAUGGGCCGCAGAAACACUGUUCUGCUGGGAACCAUCGUCAUGUCAAUUGGUGCUCUUCUGCAGGUCUCCUCCUAUAGCCUGGGCCAAAUGAUAACGGGUCGAGUUAUCACGGGAAUUGGCAAUGGUCUCAAUACAUCGACUGCGCCAAUCUGGCAGGUUGAAACAUCGAAAGUCCAGUUGCGAGGGAAGUUGGUCAUUCUGGAGAAUGUCCUCGUGCUCGUGGGAUUUUCUCUUGCCAACUGGCUUAACUACGGCCUCUCAUUUGCCAGCGGUCCGGUUUCAUGGCGCUUUCCCUUGUCAUUCCAAUUCGUGUUCAACAUAAUUUUGUUUUUCACAGUUCCUUGGCUUCCCGAAUCUCCUAGAUGGCUCAUUUCCCAUGGCCGUGAAAAUGAAGCUGAACAAAUCAUUGCUGAUCUUGAAGAUAAAGACAGCAGCGAUGCCUUUAUUCAGCUUCAAAUGAGCGAGAUCCGACACAGCGUGGAGUAUGAACGUGCAAAUAGUGUCAGCUUUCGCGAUAUUCUGCGGGGACGAGCUCAUGAAAAAGCGGGAACGAAUACAGUCCGCCGUCUCAUCCUUGGAAUGGGAGCCCAAGCAAUGCAACAAUUCUCGGGCAUCAAUGUGACAUCCUACUAUCUGCCAACAGUCCUGACCAAAUCCGUCGGGCUAGAAGAGUCUUUGGCAAGACUACUCACUGCCUGCAACAGUGUCCAAUACUUACUCUUCUCCAUGAUCGCCAUCCCGAAUGUCGAGCGAUGGGGUCGUCGCAUGCUGAUGAUGUUCGGCGCAGCAGGCAUGUGCUUUUGUUAUAUCCUGAUCACGGCUCUCAUUCGGUGCAAUGAAAUGCCUGGCUACGCUCACCCGCACGAAGUGGCUUCGGCAUCCGUGGCUUUUUUCUUCUUGUAUUAUGUUUUCUUUGGGAUUGGCAUGCAAGGUGUGCCGUGGUUGUACCCCACUGAAAUCAACUCGCUCACCAUGCGGACCAAAGGUGCUGCGCUGGGGGCGGCGACAAACUGGAUCUUCAAUUUCAUGGUUGUCGAAAUUACCCCUACCGGUAUCCAAAACCUCGGCUGGCGCUUUUAUAUCAUUUGGAUCGUCUUGAACGCGGUUAUGGUUCCUGUGAUCUAUGUCUUUUAUCCGGAGACAGCAGGACGCACUUUGGAGGACAUGGAUUCCUAUUAUCGCGGCAAUCCCCCUCUCUUGGCCUGCCUUGACAAGGAAGCAAUCUCCAGGAAACGUCCUGAGAGGUACCUAGCUCGAGAUGAACACAUCAUUCGGGCCAAAGAAGGAAAUGAGAUGGUGCAGCACCUGGAAACUAUGGAACAUGGCGAGGCUUGA